AUGGGCCGAGCAUUUCCGAGGCCUCCUCAACCGCCCUCCGCCAUCUCCGACGCCGUCAUCGACCGUAUGCCUCAAGUGAAGACCAACGUGGACCUCGACCUCCCGCCAUCUCUCCGCGAAAGCAUCAGGGCCGUGCAGCAACUCUCCAACGGAAAGGCACUCGAAUCGGACGCAAUCCCUGCUGAGGUCUACAAGCACGGAGGUCCCCGACUGAUGGAUCACCUGACUGCGCCCUUCCAGGAGAUGUGGCGUCAAGGUGAAAUCCCGCAAGAUUUCGAAGACCCAAGAAUAGUGCAUCUAUACAAGCGAAAAGGAAACAGCCAACUCUGCGACAAUCACCGCGGCAUCUCCCUGCUGAACAUCGCCGGGAAGAUAUUCACUCGCCUCCUCCUCCUCAACCGUCUGAACAAUCAUCUGGAACAGGGCCAUCUGCGGAAAGUCAGUGCGGCUUUCGCCAUCAUCGCGGGACCACGGAUAUGA